GACGAGAGGAAACCCGAUCAAACUUGAAGUUUUGUUGAUUCACUUUGACAGAGCAUUAUCAUUAUGGCAUCAUAAUCAUUUCAAGCUUCAUCUAGAAAAUUCGUCCAUCAUUUUUAUAGCCCCACGCAAAAGAUAACGAAGGGUUUAUGACUUUGCAUCAGACAGGAUGACAGAAGAAGGAGAAUGGCCCGUCAAGCUUCAUGUUUACGACCUCAGCAAGGGAAUGGCGAGGGGUCUCUCAGCGGCAUUCCUCGGCAAACAAAUUGAUGGAAUAUGGCACACAGGAAUAGUUGUAUAUGGCCAGGAGUUUUACUAUGGAGGAACAGGAGGGAUAGAAGCAUGUCCACCAUGUGGGACAAUACUUGGACAACCAGACACGGUAGAGGAGCUGGGAAUGACACAGAUUCCAUAUGAUAUGUUCCUUGGCUACCUCACAGAGCAGGCCCAGUCCUCCUUUAGACCAUCUUGCUACCAUCUCCUUGAACACAACUGUAACACAUUCAGCUCAGAGGUGGCUCAGUUUCUGACAGGAAAGGACAUACCCUCACAUAUCAUAGGGCUUCCUGCAGAGGUUCUCAGCACGCCAUUUGGACAGAUGAUAAAGCCCUGGGUUGAUGCGAUGUCUGUCCAACCAAGCGGUGGUCAUUCCAUAUUUCCGUCACAGGAAGUUGAGUCCUCCAGCUCUGGGGCGAGUGCGGGAGGGGCAGAAAGUGCUAGUGAGGACUCUUCAGAACCUGCUGGCAGUAAAAAAGGCCCAGCUGCCUGGGAAAAUGUGAUGGCUGCCGACUGGAAGGAACCCGAUGAUGAAGAGGAUGCAGUGGAAGAUGCAGUAAUUUUCACAGAGUCACCACCAGACCGAAAAGAUUUAAAGGAGCAUACCUAUGAGGAAUUGCAGAUGAAUGAUCUUGGACUUCUAAGUGAUAUUUAUGACUAUCUUGCUGAGGGUCAAAAUCCCUCUUGGUCUUUGGGCAAGGAACAUGUUCAGACAUUACAUACCAUUAUAGGAAAUGGCAAAAUCCCUGAAGUGUCACGGGCAGGUGUUUGUACCCUUCUGCAGGCUCUAGUGCUUCGGGAUGAUUUCAUCAGCCUCCUCGAGCGUGAACCUACACAACUCAUAUUGAAAAUAAUGCAACAUUUCGAACAACUCUCAGAGCCUGUACAAGAAGCCUUUGUCAAAUUGCUUACCAAUUGUAGCAGCACAAGAAAAGGCCAUACAUUCCUAGUCUCUAACCCUGAUGCGGAACGUAACAUGUUAAAAUGGACCACUCAUAUCUGUGUUACAUGUUUACUCAAAGACAAAACAGCAAUGCAUACAACUGCCUCAGCCCUAGCACUUAAUCUCAGUAGAUUUCAGCUGGUGGAAGAUACUCAGGUGGAAAUUGGCAGUGCAGUUUUGGAAUGUUUACAAAAGGAAUUAAGUGAGGAAACAGUUUAUAAUUUAAUGCAAUGUUUGCUGCAAAUGAUGAACAAAAACACAGAGUUGUGUGACUUAGCAAGCGUAGUUGGUCUGAAUUGCUCACAGCACCAGAAACUGUCAGCUCGAGUGAGGAGACUUUGUGAGAAAGCUCAGGAACUCAGUGCUUUAUGAUCAAAAUUGACGUACCACCAAACAGUGAUCAAAAGAUGACCAAUACAACUCUCUGACCAGUGGAAUUUGACCCUCAAAAACUGAAUGGAGUGACAAUUGAACAUAGCAUUACUUCAAUGGCUUGUUGUUUUGGUACCAGCGUAAAGGUGUUUUGGUAGUCACUUCAUUAUCAGAAGAAAAAACAUAUAAGAUAUGUUUAUGUUGAUUUUUGAAGAGAUGGUUAGACAGUAAAACUGUAUGUAUUGGUAUUACAACUAAUGACAUGCUGGUAAUCUUCCUCUUAGUGCAACAAACAGAUAGAUUGCUUGAUUAUUUCCUGAUUACAUGGUCUACAGUUACUCUAAAUGUACAAAGUUUAGUGAUUAUCUUACCUUUUGGUAUAUAAAGGCACUUUUUGCACUUAAGAACAUUUUGCUAAAUUAUGAUUGGAAUCUCGUACCGAGUUGUUCUAAGGCAAGCCCUGUGGAUGCACCGAUUCAUCCUUGUGCUUAUUAGUCUAAAUUCAAUUGCGCACUAACAUUUGAAGGUGCAUAAAUUAAUACAUGUACAGUAAUUAAAUCAAUAUGCAAAUAUUCCAGUUUCCAAGAUUCUGCCAGUCAUUGAUGAAAUCACAAUUGUCUGUAUGCAUAAAUGUAAUGCUAUUUGAUUGUCGCUCUUCAGCCAUUUGUACAGGAUGCUCCCUAUGUUUAAUAUUAAACUGAUUUUACUAAUGAGUUUUUGUUCAGAUAUGUUGAAAUUUAAGUUAUCCAAUGAUGUUAUAUAUGUGAGUAUAUUUAUUCCAAGGUUUGCACUUGUUUGUUUUGGUAGUACCGUGUACUACGAGAUGUUUUGUACAUUAACGUGAAUUGUUUCCAAAGAAUAGCUUUCUUGAUGAUGUUGAUUGUAUUUAUGAACAAUACAAGUAUGUCAAAUAUGUAUGGAAGAACAUUUUUUUAAUUUUAAAAGUCUUUUACACUGUAUAAGCACGAUAAAUAGUAUAUUUUUCUGUUUAUUUUUAAAUUUAAAGUCUCUGCAACAAAUAUUCUAUCAAAAUUAUCAAUACUUUUAUGUAUUUAAUGUUUUAUGCUUGAGAGCUUAAGUAAUACAUUCUAUAAGCUAUAUUAUUAGGACCUGUGUAGUUACCUCAAAACUAAUACAAAAACAGUAACUUUUUUUUCGUCUUGGUUAUCUACCAAACAGGUUGACGUCUGGUUUAUGAAAUGGGACCCACUGGAAUAAUUGAUUUAAUUUAAGCAUUUCCAGCACCUACCAUGUAUAGAAUUUCUAAAAAUUUGGAGUCCUCCGUUGGAAUAUGUAUUUUACUGGAAUAGCUUGAAGCAUAAUUUCUUAUUCAAAGGACAAUGAACUUGGUAUUUAAUCAGAUGUUAUUGUUGCUAUAAUCUGUUUUAUAAUGUCUAAAUUUUGUCUGAUAAAAAGCUGUAAAACCCAAUGACGUACGUCAGACCUAGCUGUGAUAGUCAUUCUCACUUUUCGUGAUUUAAUUAAUUAAAUCAUUUCACAUCCACAUAUUGAGGCUUAUAUUGUACCCAGAGUGAUUGCACCCUUUUUGUAGGGAAUUUUAUCUGCAUCUCUCAAUAAAUUAUUAUUCAAACAUUG